AUGACUGAACAGUUUCAUCACAUUCACAAGACAAUGAAUCUCUGCUUAUCAAUUGCCUUGCGACCUUCAUCUUUCGUGUUCCUGCUGGCAUAUGGUGCCCUGAUAGUUCUGGUCUCAUUGAUGCCAUGCUGGUAUGGCAUAGUCACACACAUGGAGAAACGUGUGAGUUUGAACUCAGAAAAUAUCGUGUCCCAAUUUCCAUCAGAAAUUGAGUACUCUGCUGAACUCUUACACCCUAUGAAAUCAUCAUCUACCAAUUUAGCAAGAUUUCUGAGUUCAUCCAUUGAUACAACGAAUAUCUCUUUCUCUGAUAUUGAGACCAAGGUGGCUCCGUUUUUAUUUGAAGCAUUUAAGACAGUUCCUCACUUAGCCCAAAUCUCAUACAUAGGGAUGGAAGGUCUCUUUUUCUCAUACUACAUUGAUCAUGAUAAGGCACUAGCAAUGUACUCUAAUUCAUCAUCAUCUUCGUCUUUAAAUUCUGGUGCCUCAAAUAAAACCUUAUACUAUAUCCAGCCUGUAAAUCAUGAAACUGGAGAGGUUUUUGGGGAAGCAAUAAUAUCUAACCCCUCUAUCAGUGCAAGUUGGAUUAGGGAAGCUGUUAAUAUUUCACAUGGUUUUACUUCAUUGGGAACCAAGUGGAGCAAUGGUCAUGAUCUUUUGUUCCUCAGUUCAGCUAGCAUCACAAGAACAGGAGUCAUCUCUCUAGGGUUUUCGGCAACAGCAAUAACUGAUUUUGUUACUCGUAUAAUUAGCCAUCAAGGCACAACCUCGUAUUUGGCUACCAAAGAUGGAAAAGUUCUUCAUGUAGAAGGGUUUCAACAUACCCAUUUGGUGAUUUCUAAUGAUGCGGUUUCCUUCCAAUCAGUGAACGUAAAUGGUGAUUUAACGGGUAAUGAGGGCAAUGUCUCGUGCAAGGAUAAAGCCGUUGCUUCUAAUUUGAAUAUUCGGGAUUCUGAAUAUUUAAUUCAUUGCUACCCCAUUGAUAUAAUGGGAAUAGAAUCGGUGUAUGUUUUGGCUGUGCCACAAAACGGAGUUGUCAGCUUUGAUGUGAAUUAUAACAGGAAGGGAUUGACACUGUUGAUUGUAUCGAUGGUGAUGAUAUUUAUUGCUAUCUUGAGUUUUCUAUACAUAAAUGGUAGAGCCACAGGGAGAGAAAUGCAUUUGAUUGCCUCACUCAUCAAACAGAUGGAAGCCACACAAGAAGCUGAGAAAAAGAAUAUGAAUAAGAGCGAGGCUUUUGCUAAAGCCAGCCAUGAUGUUCGGUCUUUUCUCGCAGGUCUUAUGGGUUUGAUAGAAGUGUCCAAGGAGUUAGUUGUCGCCGGUUCAGAAUUGAAGACCAAUUUAAAUCAAAUGGAUACUUGUACCCAAGACUUACUAGGAUUGUUGAAUUCUAUACUUGACACAAGCAAAAUUGAGGCAGGGAAAUUACAACUUGAGGAAGAGGAAUUUGAUGUAUUCCGUCUUGUGGAAGAAGCAGUUAAUUUAUACCAUCCCGUGGCUAUGAAGAAAGGUGUUGAUCUUGUGCUGGACCCCUGUAAUGGUUCUGUUAUCAAAUAUGCACGUGUGAAAGGUGACAGGGGAAAACUUAAACAAAUUUUGUGCAAUUUACUGAGCAAUGCUGUUAAAUUUACUGAUGAGGGGCACAUAGCAGUUCGGGCAUGGGCUCAGAAGCCAAGUUUGCAGAACUCAAUAAUCACUACUAAUCAAUAUAGUUUCACCAAACAUUUUUCAUGCUUAUUUUAUAAGAAAAACGAAGCUCAUGUUGAUAUAGAAGCCAUGAAUUCAAUCCAACAAGAUCCGUGUUCUAUGGAUUUUGUGUUUGAAGUGGAUGACACAGGAGUAGGAAUUCCUAAGGAGAAGCACAAAUCUGUGUUUGAGAAUUAUGUCCAAGUCAAAGAAACUGGACCUGGCCAAGGAGGAACUGGCUUGGGACUUGGGAUUGUUCAGUCUUUGGUGCGUUUGAUGCAUGGAGAUAUUGGAAUUGUGGACAAGGAUAAAGGUGAAAAAGGAACAUGCUUCAGGUUCAAUGUGCACCUAACUGUAUGUGAGACAGAGAUUGAUGAUAGCACAAGGGAAUUAGGUGAUGGAAAUCAAGCUGAAGGAAGAACCAUUCACGCUACUAGUACUAGUCCUAGGCCUGAGGAUUCUUGUGUUGUUCUUUUGAUUGCAAGCGAGGAGCGCCGAAAAACUUCACAAAGGUUCAUGGAGAGAUUAGGGAUUAAAGUUAAUGUUGUGAAGGAAUGGAAGCAUCUGUUCUACACUCUCAUCAAGAUCAAACAGAAGGGUAACCUUUCCAGUGGCAAAAGUACUCCUGGGUCUACAAGUUCUCAUAAUUCUCUUGCCAGAGCCAAAGGAGUAGUUCCUUUGAGUGGUAUGGAUGGAACUGAGUAUAUGCCUUCAGUCUUCAAGAAGACACAUAAUGGAGCUUCCCCAGGUUUCAUCCUGAUUGUAAUUGAUGCAAAUGCAGGACCAUUUUCUGAACUUGAUAAGAUUGUGUCCCAGUUCAAAAGAGACCUUUGCAACCCCUUUAAGGUUGUUUGGUUGGGUAAGCCACUUAUACGUAGAAUAAUUGAUCAAAAUGACAUUGUCAUAUCCCAACCUUUUCAUGGUAGUCGUUUGUGCCAAGUUAUAGAGCUUCUUCCUGAGUAUGGUGGUGCUUGGCAAAGUAAUUCUAGUAAAGCAAAGAGAGAAAGUACUCAUGAUCAUAGAGCUGGACUGGAUUUCCCUCCACUGGAGAGAUCACGAGUAUCCCCAUAUAAUGAUAGCUCAUUCCAAAGUGUUGAACAAACUUGGAAGGGAACUCAACAAUCAAAUGGAGAUCCUUCACAUGUUUGGCCCAAAGCUGCAAGAAAAUAUCCAGUUCAUCAGGGGGAAACACAAGAAUGUGGAAAACUCUUGAGUGGUAAGAAACUUUUGAUUGUUGAGGACUCUGCAUUGUUACGAAAGCUAGCUUCGGCUACUUUGAUUCCCCUUGGUGCAACUAUCGAGCAAUGCGAGAAUGGUGAACAAGCUGUGCGGCUAGUUGAUGAGGGUCUAGCUCGGGAUUUUCCUAAUCCUCCUUAUGAUUACAUCUUAAUGGACUGCCUGAUGCCAGUAAUGGGUGGGCUUGAGGCAACAAGGCUGAUACGAAAUAAGGAGAAGCCCUAUGGUGUUCGCAUUCCUAUCAUUGCAUUAACUGCUCUCACUGAUAAAAUGAAGAAAGAGGAUGGAAUGGACUUUCAUAUAGUCAAACCCAUUAAGAGAGAGCAUUUACUUGAAGCCAUCAGAUACAUACAUGGUCAAGAGUAG